UUUACAAACAUCCAAUCAUAAAACCUGUUAGAAAAUCCCGCCAAAUUCGACCGAUGGACGGAGCUGAGUACUGCGAAAAGAAACACUGACGAUCUUUGCAAAAUGCCGUAAAUUUUGCCAUUUUUAAACUAAAAUAUGAGUGGAAGAGGGGGGAGAGGAAAUUCAUGGCGUGGGAGGUGGCGAGGAGGUUAUAAAAGAGGCAGAGGGAGAGGAUCGAAUACAACAACGAACUCAAGAGCUAAUUCGUCUAGUAUCCCUAGUACUCCUAACCAUGUGCCUUCGCAAGGACGGCGGAGGCCACGCCUAGUACAGACGUCCCUUACCUCAUGUCCUUAUAAAAAAUGGGCUCUUUAUUUUCCUGACGAUGCUUAUUUACCUGAUUCCUUGCUGGUUGAGAAGAUUGAAGCAUUUAUUGGGUAUUUCGAGAGGCACAUUGCUGAUUUUUCCAAGGAGGACAUAGAAAGAAGGGAAUCAGUCACUGUGGAUUACAGCUGUUUAUUAGAAGAUGUUGAAUUGCUGUCUAAAUUACCAACACUUGGAGAUGAGUUGAAGGAACACCCUGAGAGCACCCUUCAGAGCCUAGGACUCGCUAUUUACCAGGUUUUAGUGGCAGAGGAGGCAAGCCAGCCUUUUGCACCAACUCUGAUCGACUUCCCAUACAUACAAGCAAGGGUGAUAAAUUAUGACAAAAUCACUCCAUUGAUGAACUUAAAAGCCAGCUGUUUUGGGAAAUUUGUGGCAAUUCGUGGGACUGUUGUAAGAGUCAGCAAUGUCAAACCCAUGGUCACCAAGAUGGCUUUUACUUGCAAUCUCUGUGGAGAGGCACAGAGUGUUGCUCUCCCAGAUGGUAAAUACAAGAUUCCAUCCAAAUGCCCAGCCCCAGAGUGUAGAGGUCGAUCCUUCACCCCUCAGCGGAGCUCUCCACUGACAACCACUAUGGACUGGCAGUCCGUCAGAAUCCAAGAAAUCAUGGAUGAUGAUUUCCGUGAGGCUGGACGUAUUCCACGGACUGUGGAGUGUGAGCUUACUGCAGAUCUUGUCGAUAGCUGUGUUCCUGGUGAUUUGGUCACUGUCACAGGGAUUGCAAAGGUUGUCAAUUCAGAAGAACCACGGACCAAAUAUAACAAAGACAAGUGCAUGUUUCUCCUGUAUAUAUACGCCAAUGCUGUCAACAAUAACAAGGGUAACACCCAUACAGGGGCAGAGGAAGAGAGUGGACUUUCCAUGGAGUUUACAAUCAAGGAGCUGUACGCAAUACAGGAAAUCCAGUCAGAGAAAAACCUAUUUAGACUGAUUGUUGGAUCCAUGUGUCCUUCCAUUUAUGGCCAUGAGAUGGUUAAGGCAGGUCUCAUGCUUGGAUUGUUUGGAGGGACUCAAAGAUAUCUGAACGACAAGAAUCGCAUUCCUGUGAGAGGCAACCCUCAUGUGCUGGUAGUCGGGGACCCAGGACUCGGCAAAAGUCAGAUGUUGCAGGCUGUGUCUAACAUUGCACCCCGCGGGGUGUAUGUCUGCGGAAACACGACCUCGACAUCAGGUCUUACGGUAACUUUGUCCAAGGACGGUUCUUCAGGAGACUACGCCCUUGAAGCAGGAGCUCUCGUGCUGGGAGACCAAGGAUGCUGUUGUAUUGAUGAGUUUGAUAAGAUGGGUACCCAGCACCAAGCCUUACUUGAAGCCAUGGAGCAGCAGAGUAUCAGUAUCGCAAAGGCUGGGAUCGUUUGUAGCUUACCGGCGCGCACGUCCAUCAUCGCUGCCGCAAACCCUGUAGGUGGACACUACAACAAGGCUAAGACUGUCUCCGAGAACCUCAAAAUGGGAAGUGCUCUUUUGUCGAGAUUUGACUUGGUCUUUAUUCUCCUGGAUAAACCAGAUGAGGAGAUGGACUGCAUGCUGUCAGAGCACGUGAUGGCCCUACAUACAGCAGGAAAGAAGAGUGCUCUAGGGAGUGUGACGGUGAGGAGAUCCGUGGAGGAGAGCAGUGAUGAUGAUGAUGAUGAUGGAGAGGAUGAAGGAAGACAACAGUGGGAAGCUGAUAAGCCGUUAUCGGAACGAUUAAAGAUUCCAUACCGAAAGCACUUGGAUCCCAUUCCACCGUCUCUUCUACGCAAGUACGUGGGUUAUGCCAGGAAGUAUGUUCAUCCCAAACUCACAACAGCUGCCGCCAAGGUUCUACAGGAUUUUUACCUGUCCCUUCGACGUGAUUACCAAGCCGGCGAUUCUACCCCUAUAACAACCAGGCAGCUGGAGUCACUUAUCAGGCUUACUGAGGCUCGAGCGCGUUUGGAACUGCGGGAGAAGGCGACCCACACGGAUGCAGAGGAUGUGGUCGAGAUCAUGAAAUGUAGCCUGGUGGAUACUUACAGUGAUGGGCUGGGAAACCUGGACUUCCAGCGGUCGCAACAUGGCUCAGGGAUGAGCUCGAAAGCACAGAGUAAGCGGUUCAUCGCAGAGUUGGAGCGGAUCGCCGACAGAGAAUACAACUCACUCUUCACCAUCGACCAGAUGAGACAAGUCGCCAAGGAUCUCCGAUUGCAAGUUCGAAGUUUCGAAGACUUCAUCUAUUCUCUCAAUAACCAAGGUUUCCUGCUCAAAAAAGGCGCGCGCGUGUAUCAACUGCAAAUUGCCAGCUGUCUUUGAUGUGACUGCUGUCUGUGAUAGUGCGUGGGAGGCGGGGCGACGAGGCCAAAAUCUCGGACGAUGCUAACAUCUCGGACGUGAUACCGCACUAUGAUUGGAUAAAGACUUGUCAUCCAAAAUCUCGCAGUGUAUCAGUUCAGAAAAAUUGAGUGCAAGUGUCGAGUUGCGUAUACCGAUUGAAUCAACAAAUAUUGUGUAUAAUUUACUUGGCUUGUGUGGUGUACGUUCGAAGAGUGUAGUUUAUUUCUCAAUAUGCCGAUUGCAAAAUGCUUUCAGGCUCUUCAAAACCUUAAAAUGAACAUACUUAAAAAAAUGAUAAUAUUGGACAUUGGAUAUAGCACGACAGCCAAACCUCUAUUGAAAAAUUUUUAAAUUGCAUUAUGAAAAAAAAAGAAAUUCUCAUUGUUUUUCGCGCCCACUAUACUCUUUGGGGAAACAGAAAGUUAACUUUGUAAAGGAUUAAUUAGACAGCAGGAUGUAGUCGUAUGCGACCUGCCUACAAUAUAUUUUAGCCCUGAAUUACACACUAGGACUUUCGUAGUCGAGCAUCGUAGCGGAGUCGUAGGCGGAUUUACACUCUACGGCUCGAGUUAGAGACGUUGGGCGCAUCAUUGUGCUGUCUAGAUCAGCUUUCAUUACGAAAUCUGUAAAAUUGUCUACGAAUUGAGUUCAUUUGAACUCACUUCCCGGUGCAUGAAGGGGGUGAGAAUAGAAUGUACAGACUGUCUCGUGGAGUUAGCACUUACAAAGGCCUAUUUAGCAACUUGCUUAGAUUAAAUACAUUUAAACUGUAUUAUCACUUUAUUUUGAUAAAGCUAUUCUUUAGGGCAAAAAAUAGAGCACGAUUUUGCUUUUACAGGCGAUUAAUAUCCUCUGUGCUCUUCGCGCCCAGGAAGCGCAAAAGCACCUAUAUUACAUUUGUGAAUAAAGUCAAAAUAUUGUCAA